AUGCAGAAAGCCACCUACUACGACAACGCUGCGGCCGCACUCUUCGGAGGCUACUCCUCGUACCCUGGCAGCAAUGGCUUCGGCUACGACGGUCCCCCUCAACCCCCCUUCCAGGCCGCCACGCACCUGGAGGGUGACUACCAGCGCUCAGCGUGCUCGCUGCAGUCCCUGGGCAACGCCGCCCCGCACGCCAAGAGCAAGGAGCUCAACGGCAGCUGCAUGAGGCCCGGCCUGGCCCCCGAGCCCCUGCCCGCCCCGCCCGGCUCACCCCCGCCCAGCGCUGCACCUACCAGUACCACUAGCAACAGCAGUAACGGGGGUGGCCCCAGCAAAAGCGGCCCCCCCAAGUGCGGUCCCGGCUCCAACUCCACCCUCACCAAACAGAUAUUCCCCUGGAUGAAAGAGUCGAGGCAAACGUCCAAGCUGAAAAACAUCUCCCCUGGCACAGCAGAGGGCUGCGGCGGCGGCGGCGGAGGCAGUGGCGGUGGCGGGGGCGGCGGCGGGGGAGGGGACAAGAGCCCCCCGGGUUCGGCGGCGUCCAAACGGGCGCGGACGGCGUACACUAGCGCGCAGCUGGUGGAGCUGGAGAAGGAGUUCCACUUCAACCGCUACCUGUGCCGGCCGCGCCGCGUGGAGAUGGCCAACCUGCUGAACCUCAGCGAGCGGCAAAUCAAGAUCUGGUUCCAGAACAGGCGCAUGAAGUACAAGAAGGACCAGAAGGCCAAGGGCCUGGCCUCGUCUUCGGGGGGCCCCUCCCCCGCUGGCAGCCCCCCGCAGCCCAUGCAGUCCACGGCCGGCUUCAUGAACGCCUUGCAUUCCAUGACCCCCAGCUACGAGAGCCCGUCCCCGCCCGCCUUCGGCAAAGCCCACCAGAAUGCCUAUGCGCUGCCCUCCAACUACCAGCCCCCCCUCAAAGGCUGCGGCGCCCCUCAGAAGUACCCCCCGACCCCGGCGCCCGAUUAUGAGCCUCAUGUCCUCCAAGCCAACGGGGGCGCCUACGGGACGCCCACCAUGCAGGGCAGCCCGGUGUACGUGGGCGGGGGCGGCUACGCGGAUCCGCUGCCGCCCUCUGCCGGCCCCUCCCUCUACGGCCUCAACCACCUUUCCCACCACCCCUCGGGGAACCUGGACUACAACGGGGCGCCUCCUAUGGCCCCCAGCCAGCAUCACGGACCCUGCGACCCCCACCCCACCUACACAGACCUCGCUUCUCACCAUGCGCCUCCUCCUCAGGGUAGAAUCCAAGAAGCGCCCAAGUUAACACACCUGUGA